AAGGUCAGACGGUUAAGCUGGGCCGUCAGUUUCGAGCUGCUUUGUUCAAAGGAAGAGUUUAAUUAUUAGAGAUCGUAAAGUAAUUAUUUUUAGAUAAUGGUUACAGAGAAAGCUUUGCUUUUAUAACGGAACAAACAGAAUUAGCUCCUACUUCGUCUUGUUUAAACAGACAGAACGGUAAUAUUAGUAAGUUGAUUGUUGUUUUCCGUUUCACCACCAACUUGAGAAGUAUUUACUUGUACAGCCUACGUUUCUUCUACUUGAUAAUAACUUUUGCUAAGUUGUUUUUGUAUUUUUUUAUUUUUUUGCUGAUGAUUUUUAUGCAAUGAGUACAAGUCAUGCUUUGCAUUAGCGCUCAUUGAUAGUUAUAUUUUGAUUAAAUAAACGAGCCAGUGUUUUGCGCGUUGGAUUAUGCCUGGUUUCAGAGAAAUAGGGCUGGUAGGGGCUGGUUUUGCUCUUACAGGAGGCGUUGUUUAUGCCAUCUGGAAUUAUGUGGCAUCGACAAGAAAACAACAGACAGCCACAGAUGAACCAAGUGAUGAACCCAAUGUAGUUAGAGAGGUGAAAUCUGCAAAGAAACAGAUCCUUGUACUGGGCUUAGAUGGAGCUGGGAAGACCAGUAUCCUGCACUGUCUGGCCACUGGUACACUGAAGAGAAAAGUGUCCCCCACUGAAGGGUUCAAUGCUGUUUGCAUCAAUACAGAAGAUGUCCAGAUGGAAUUCCUAGAAAUAGGUGGAAGUGGAACAUUGAGGACAUACUGGCACAUGUAUCUCAAGAAAGCUCAGGUGCUGGUGUAUGUUGUGGAUUCUGCUGACCCAAGCCGAUUUCCGGCAGCAAAGAAGCAUUUGCAUCAAUUGAUCAAAGAAGAUGCCCAGCUUCCUUUAGUGGUGUUACUAAAUAAGCAGGAUCUUGAAGGGGCCUGUGGCAUUACAGAACUCCAUGACGCAUUGUCUUUAUCUGAAGUUGGUGACGAGAGGAAGCUGUUCAUCAUUGGGACGCAUGUGAAACUGAAUGGUUCAGAGGUUCCCUCAAGUGUUCAGGAUGCCCGGGAGCUAAUCACACAACUGGUGGCAGAAAACAGAUGAACUGUUAAUUUUUGAUUACAGUAUACGGGUGAGGCAGUAUGUGGUGUAGCAAUCACAAAAUGUCUUUACCAAAGAGCUUUAAGAGCUUCCUUUUAAUAGAACUAAUGUCACUUAAUGGUUUAUAGCAGAUUGUUUGCAGAGGUCCGACCUAAGUAGUUACAAAUGUGUGUUAGAAAUAUUUUCUAUGGUUCAGUGUUUUAUGUCAAACGAUUAACCACCAAAGGGAAAAAAAACAAAAUGAUUGUGUUCUGUUACAUAGCUGUAAAACACGGCAAAAUGCUUUACUCUACAAACUGUAAUUGUGUGUCUGGCAAGCCAAAAUGUAUUAAACAGGAUUGUGAUUCUAUUCAUUUCAAUGGUUUAUCUGCUGUGCUGCAUCCCACCAACCCAAAACCUCUUAUCAAUCCAGUUUCCCACAUGGCUUUAGUCUGUGACUCGCAACACACUGAGGGGGUGCCAUUAUGCCAAAUAUUAUUCAAAAUGAAAAUGUACCAAACCUGUGGUGGUUAGAGAGGAAAGUAAUGAGGGGCUUAAUGUGCUUCAGAGACCAGUCCUGGUCAAGCUGAGCCCUUGUUACUGUAGCUUCGUAAUGUCUGUUGAUUGGGUUCAGUGGGUGAAAAGAAGUGAUUGGCUUGUUAGCGGGAACAGCACUCUUGGUUGAUAAGUGAGUUGCAGCAGUGCUGUGAAAUUUGAAUUCAGCAUUUCAAACUGGGUAAUUUUUUCCCCAAAAAACAAUCUUCAAGUGACUGAUAAAACCUUCAUUUUUAAAAAAACUGAAAUCUUUGAACCCUAAUUAUAUCAAAGCUACUGCAUUUUGUGCUGUCUUAUUAAAAAUAGUAAUAAUCGUACCUAUUCAUACAUGCAACGUUUAAAAAACAAAAAUGUGCAUGACGGCUUAUGUCACAGUGGAAUUGUUUAUUUUUUUUCCUAUGGUGUUUGUAUUUUUAAAGUUACAACAUGACAAAGUAUUUCUAGAUUUGCAUUUUUAUUUUUUUGAGUGUGAAACUGUCAAAUAAAAACUGCUAUGAGAUUA